UUCGUACCUUGACAGAGGUUCGGAGUUGGACUCUUCUCUCUCCUCUGUUGAGUUGUCGGUGUAGUUUUAUGGUGAAGAUGCUUCCCGCUGCGCUCUCCGUGACAUUUUUAUUAUUACUGGGCCUGACAGAAAGCAAACAGAAAGACUUGUAUACUUUUAAAGUGGUCAACAGCAGAGGGAAGCUGGUUUCUUUGGAGAAGUACCGCGGUUCGGUGUCACUGGUGGUGAACGUGGCCAGUGAGUGCGGCUACACGGAGGACCACUACAGGGACCUGCAGCAGCUGCAGCGCGACUUCGGCCCCCACCACUUCAACGUCCUGGCGUUCCCCUGCAACCAGUUCGGGCAGCAGGAGCCCGGCAGCGACAAGGAGAUCGACAGCUUUGUGCGAAGAGUCUAUGGAGUCUCCUUCCCUCUAUUCAGCAAAAUCGCCGUGGUUGGAACAGGAGCCAACAAUGUCUACAAACACCUGGCAGAUGUGUCUGGAAAGGAGCCUGACUGGAACUUCUGGAAGUACCUCAUCGAUGUUAACGGUAAAGUGGUGGACGCUUGGGGGCCGAAGAUUUCAGUCAAAGAGAUCCGCCCAAAGAUAGUUGAGAUGGUGCGGCAGAUAAUACUGAAGAAGAAGGAAGAGCUUUAACUCGGCACUUUCUCCAUAAACUGGACCCAUUUGUUACCUUUCGGUCCUGACGGUAAUUUCUCUUGACAGAAGCAGCUCCAGCUACUUUCUGAGCGCACUGAUCAAACACAACUCCUGCUUUUUAAAAAACUGAUGUCAGGUUCUGUUUUCAGGAAUAUUUAAAGCUGCAGUUUGUAACCAAUGAGCUCCUUUUUAAAUGGGGAGGGGGUAUCUAUUCUGAGUUAUUCAAUAAACCUUUACCGUGA